AUGGAUAGUACUAAUGAGGUGCUGCUUUUAGAUCAGCCAUGUGAAUAUUGCAAGGUCCUUGAAUUGAAUGAUACACUGCAUGGUGGAGUCGCUCAAGAGGCUGGCGGAAAACGAUUUGUUCAAUUUAAAAGCAUUGUGGUUAAUGAGCGGGACCCGGAGUACCAGCUAAGCCUCGGAUACCGCCGAGAAGAUAUUCUUCCCGGCCUUCCUAAUAUCGCUGCUACUGCCCAGACCUGCGCGUUUUGUCGUAUGCUGAGGAGCGAUUUGCGUUUUUCCUACAGAAAGCUCAAAAAGCCACGAGUCAAUGAUUUCAAUGGUACAGCACACGGAGAAGAAGAUGGGAACCAUGCAAUUCAGAAUGCAAAGAUCAUGAUUACUGAUGUCAAUUACCUGUAUAAUCAUAUUCGCUAUGGAAGCCCGGACUAUUGGGAUGACGAUGACGACGAUGGGGAAUCCAGACCGCCUAACCAUUCAGAUGUUUAUGAUUGGCUCAAUAUAUUGAUUGUCUACGUCGAGAUUGAUUGGGGAUUUCACAACGCAAAGUAUUCUCUUCAAUAUCAGAUAUAUGCCGAUGCAUGUGAUCCAUGUCGAUCCUGGCUUAGAAUCCGUCGCAAGCCAAUUUCAAACGACUUUAUAUCUACUCGAUCUCUGAGUCGUUUACAUGAGCUGAUAGACAAGUCUCUAUGUGAUGCCUCAGAUCCAGCACAGGGCACGUUUCUGCCUACGCGCCUCAUAGACGUUGGGGCAAAUAACUCAACAAAAUUGAGGCUCAUAAUCUCAAAAGAUGAUGAAGAUGUCAGAGAGGAAGCAGAUCCGGUUAAACAGAGGUACUUGGCUCUCAGCUAUUGUUGGGGAUCUAAAGAGAAGUCUGAGAAACAGCUGAAAACGACAGCAGAUUCGUUGAGCAAGCACUUGUCGCAAAUCGAUAUACAUGAGAUGCCACAAACUAUCGCCGACGCUGUUCACGCAUGCCGAGCUCUUGGGGUUAGGUAUCACUGGGUAGAUGCCCUAUGUAUCAUCCAAGGAGACGGCGAUGACUGGGCUAGAGAAUCGCUCCAAAUGGCAAAGGUUUAUAGCAGCAGCUUUCUCACAUUAUGUAUCCUUCAAGGAAGCUCUUGCUUAGGCGGCUUCUUGAGGACGAAAUGGAGUCGGCCGACACUCCAAGUCAAAUUUCGCUCUGAGAUAGAUACAUCCAUUUCGGGAGUCGUCCAUAUUCGGAUGCUAGACCCUGCUCGAUUGAUUCCCAGGAGGCAGGGAAAGUACCCCCAGAAACCUUCGAAAAACACACAGUGGACGACAUGA